AUGAAACUCAAGCGUCAGAAAUCAGGUGAAACUACAAACUAUCCAAUCGUUGAACAGCUUGUGGAAACUGAACGCUUCAUCAUUAAAGAGGUUCAGUAUGAUGCGUUUCCAAGGGAAAUUGACUCUUUGAAAAAUGGAUGCAAAGAACGUCUUCCUAGAAAUAGUUCUAUCCUAUCUUUAAAUCCAUUUUUAGACUCAAAUGGAAUUCUUAGAGUAGGUGGAUGUAUCAAACAUUCCGAUAUUAGUGACUCAACGAAACAUCCAAUUAUCAUCCCGAAAGGUCACCAUAUGGCAAUUCUUCUCUUUCGCCGUUACCAUUCAAAGGUUGCGCAUCAAGGUAGAUCGUUCACGGAAGCAGCAAUCAGAAACGCAGGCUACUGGAUUAUUGGUGUUAAACGACUCGUAAACUCAGUCGUACGUCUGUACAUGGUUUGUAAGAAACUACGUGGGAAAGUUUGCACUCAACAGAUGGCUGACUUGCCGUUAGACAGGUUAACUCCAAGUCCUCCAUUUUCGUUUGUAGGAGUUGAUGUAUUCGGCCCUUGGCCAGUUACUUUUCGUCGUACACGAGGUGGUGUAGCACAAGCAAAACGUUGGGCACUACUUUUUGCAUGUCUAAUUACAAGGGCUAUUCAACUGGAAGUUAUUGAAGAAUUAACCAGCUCGUCAUUCAUCAAUGCUUGGCGAAGAUUUAUUGCUCUUAGAGGACCAGUUAAGCAAGUACGAUGUGACAGAGGUACAAACUUUGUAGGGGCAACCCAAGACCUAUCGAUGAUUGCUAAUUUUGUAGAAGACUGUGAUGUACGAAACUUUUUAAGGGAAAAUAGAAUUACGUGGCAGUUCAACCCUCCUCAUGCCUCACAUUUUGGCGGAGCAUGGGAGCGGUUAAUUGGAGUGUCUAGGAGAAUACUGGACUCGUUAUUGUUGGAAAACAGAUUCAAGGACUUGACUCAUGAGAUGUUGAUUACAUUCCUAGCUGAAGUUACAGCUAUCGUCAACAACAGACCGUUGACAAGUGUGUCUUAUGACUCCGAUUCACCAAGUUUAAUCACACCAUCUCUUCUUCUUACUCAGAAGACUGCAAACGAACAUGACAUUCCACCGUUUCCAAAAUUCGAGAGGAAGGAUUCAAUCUGA